CAUUACUAUGGCAAACAAGAAGGGCACAAAUGUGCAGAACGCACAGCGCAAUGCUGCGUCCGGCGCAUCCUCAGCAUCUUCUUUGAUCAUCUGCCGCAACAAGUGAANCACUGGCGAUACAUCUCAUCUUUCCAUGGCCCGUGGCUACAACUGCCGCCCGAGAUUUUGGACUCGCUCGCUCACCAGAAUUAUACACAGCCACUACCGAGGCUGAUCGACCCAGCAGUCUUCUACGAUGUAGUCAAGAUCCGACGCGCUGUCGACGAAGCGACAGAGGAUGCCGUGCGCGCUUCCAAUGGAAUGUCAAUCACUGCCAUGAAUGCCUCACUGAACUAUCUGGAUCCCUUUGGACAAGGCGGACCGCAAGCCCCCAAGAUGAGCAAGGAACGAAUAUACAAGAUUCGCCAGAAGGCUGCACGGUUGUUGUCCAAGGCCUAUGCAUUGGACGAGGUUGCCGCUAGUGUUGCGACCAUGCAAUCCACGACAUCUCUGGAGGAGGUUGCUCUACACGUCCUCAGGCGCGAUCAGACCGACACCGAAGCCAAAUACGUUCAUUUUUUCCACGAAAAGAUCCCUUCUAGAAUGAUGGAGCAAUACACACCUCUGGAACCAUUAGACGACGUCAUCUUGAAUCUGCCCUGGGAGAAACAAGCUGCCCCUUUGCGCACUCGUGCCCUUGUCCAGAUAUUCAAAAGACAGUUCGAAGGAGCCGCGAGCGAUUUGACACUCGGACUCAGAAUAGCGCAAGAGCUCAAGAGAAUGCACAAGCCUGGUACUGAUCAACUGGUACUGGCAAAACACUACAAGGAGGAGCAAGAGCGUUGGAACAAAAAUGGCAGAGAUUGGAGGCAAUUGCCGCAUCUGAAAGAGGAAGACCAACCGAGCAGUUUAGAGCAGCAAAUGCUGUUCAACCGAGCCGGUGUCUAUCUCAGCAUUGCUUGUCAGAACGUUCACGCUGCUCUGGACGGCCUGAAAGAAGCGCCAUCCAAGGACGAGAAUGGGGAUAAAAUCUCCAUUUCCCCGAAAGAAAAAGAGGCCCAUCAGGCUAGACUGGACGCGCGCAAGAUUGUCAAGACCAACGCGAAAAAGGCUCUCAAAGACUAUCUUGCUUUCCUCGGCUACUUCGACUAUACGCCUGGCCUGCCUGUGGAGAUUAUUGAUGAGAUUACUCGCAGAAUUAACGAUCUGGCGAACGACAACAAACAGACAACUAUUCAUCGUAAUCGCUUACUAGAAUGGAAUAGUCACUCAUCCUCAGGACGUAGUAGCCCUACGGUAAGCUCUCUCUCUUCGCACCAAUCAACGCAAACCUCGGAUUCUGGCUUGGAGUGGGAUGCAAAUGGAUGGCCUCGGAUCCCUCAUAGAAAGACUUAUCCUUCUUCAGCUUUGUUCGCCGAAAAGCCGCUACCUGAUCUUCCAGCGUUUCCUGCUACGGAAAACACUAGAUUGGACGACAGCCCAUUAUCAGUAAGCAAUCGCGAGGCCGUUACAUAUCAUCCGCUUCUUACCGAUGCUUUGCAUUCCCUGUUGCUUGCUCACGCUCUGAUUCAAACUUCUCCAACCGAGCUCCUCAGACAUGCUCACAAUGCUGCUCGUCUCGCAAGUCUUGCAGAUGGCUACCCUAUCUUCCAGGCCGCUCGCUCUCCAGCGCGGGCUGAUUGGAUCGAGGUCUUGCGACGUGCCAACAAUUGGAUUGCAUUGUCGCAACCCUGGCAAACUCUGUGCCAGUCAGCUCCUCUCACUUCUCAGGCAGAGUCAGAUGUUCCAGCAGGUGCGCGGGACGGUACAGUAAUCGUAAAACACAGCAUCACAGAGACAGAAGAACAAAAGCAUGAGCGUAGAAAACGAGACGCCAUCNNUUUGGAAGUAAUGGGUGAUGAACGUGUAGUCGACGAAGAAACCUUCCAGAAAGCCGUCCGCGCUCGCGAACGCAGGGCGAUGGAGGAUGAAGAAGGCUUGAGCGGGCCUUUGCAUGACAUUAAUGGCAAUCGCGCUCCGGCUCACAAGCGUUGGGCACAGGAAGAUGGUAAGGAGUAUCCUAUCUCCACCGAGAGAGCCGAAGCAAUUUGCCGUUGGAUCAAGGAGGCACCACUCAGCAUGGGUGUCAGAAAGAAGCGACCUGUGAAAAAGAAGAAGGCAGCUGUUUGA